GGUGUAGCGGAGCAGGAAGAGAUUGUGCUGUGCAAAUCGAAUCUCCAGGUGAAAGCAACGAGCGGUUCCGUUUGGAUCGGAUUAGCUGCCACCAUGGUCCACGUUAUGAUGCGAUUUUCGUUGCUAUUAUGUCUACUUUUAGCCCAAUGGGUUGCAAGUCAACAAUCGGACAGCGCUCCGGUUUGGGGCUACCGAUGCAUCAACAGCCGCUGCCAGAAGGUCGCCCUCGAUAGUGGUGAUGGCACCGAGCGGGCUAAGGCCGUCAGCUUGCCGGUAUGCCGCCUCUAUUGCGAUGGGGUCUUCGGUACCGUUUGGCCCCGCCCUACCGGUGACUUCCGGCUUGGAAACGACCUGAUUCGUGUCAAUCCUUCGGCGAUUGACUUCCAGUGGAAUAAGAGGUAUGAAGCGUUGAACAAGUAUUGGGACGAUAGCGUGGAUCGCUUCCGGGAACAACUGCUGAAGAAGAGAGAUGGGGAGACUAUCAAGUCCGGCGGCAAGCGAAUGAUCGUCAAUGUUGAUGUGGGAGGCGACUCGCUGGUGCUGAAUCAUGAGACUGAUGAGAGCUACAAACUGUCGAUAAGUGCUCCGGAUGGUGGAGAUGUGCAUGUGAAAAUCGAAGCUGGCAAUUACUUCGGAGUUCGUCAUGGAUUGGAAACGCUAGCGCAGCUGUUGGUAUUUGACGAUAUCCGGAACGAGCUACAAGUGGUGUCCGACGUGGAGAUUCAGGAUGCUCCGGUUUAUUCGCAUCGAGGAUUGGCUUUGGAUACAUCCAGGAACUACGUUUCGAUUUCGUCCAUCAAGAAAACCAUUGACGCUCUGGCUAUGGUUAAGAUGAACGUGUUCCAUUGGCACAUUACGGACUCGCAAAGUUUCCCGCUGGUUAUCAAAUCGCAACCGAUCCUGCACACCUACGGAGCGUACUCCCGCAAACAGAUCUACACGGCGGCGGACGUGCAAGACAUUGUGCAGUAUGCGUUAGCUCGUGGAAUUCGGGUCAUACCGGAACUGGACGCCCCGGCCCACGUCGGAGAGGGAUGGGAGAAGACUAAUCUCACAACCUGUUUCAACUACCAACCAUGGAGCAAGUACUGUGUGGAACCUCCUUGUGGUCAACUGGACCCAACGAAAGACAAGAUGUACGACGUGUUGGAAGACAUUUACCGUGAAAUGAACGCCAUGUUUACCCACUCGGAUGUGUUUCACAUGGGUGGUGAUGAAGUCUCUUUGAGUUGUUGGAAUUCCAGCGUUGAAGUUCAACAGUGGAUGAAGGCCAAGGGUUGGGGUCUGGAGGAAGCCGAUUUCCUCAAACUAUGGGACCACUUCCAAACGAAUGCUUUGCAACGGUUGGACAAAAGCCUCAAGGAUAAUCGACCGAUCGUUAUGUGGACCAGCCGUCUGACCGAAGAACCCUUCGUUGACAGGUAUCUGAACAAGGAUCGAUACAUCAUCCAAAUUUGGACCACAGGCGACGAUCCUAAGAUUGCCACUCUCCUUCAGAAGGGAUACAAAUUGAUCAUGUCAAACUACGAUGCUCUCUACUUGGAUUGCGGCUUUGCAGGAUGGGUAAAUGGUGGCAAUAAUUGGUGCUCGCCAUACAUCGGAUGGCAGAAGGUGUACAACAACGAUUUCAAAUCGAUGGGUGGUAAAUAUUCGUCGCAGAUUCUCGGAGCGGAGGCGGCUCUCUGGACCGAACAAGCCGAUCAUCACUCGUUGGAUGGCCGUUUCUGGCCCAGGGUGAGUGCCCUGGCCGAACGAUUGUGGUCGGAUCCCCGCGAGGGUUGGGAAUCCGCUGACUCCCGGAUGUUGGUCCACAGGGAACGUCUGGUCGAGAACGGAAUCGCCGCAGAAAGUCUACAACCGCAGUGGUGUCUGCAGAACGAGGGCGAAUGUCCCAUCGUACAAGGUAAUGCUUAGUAUUAUUUUGCCUGUGAUAGGGUGUAAACAAUAUAUUAGAUAUAUCGGUUAAUACUCCU